CCUAAACAUUAAAAACAAUUGCGUCAUAAAAUUUAGUUUUCAAAUAAACAAAUGUGUUAAUCAGGGCUUUGUCUAAAUUCGUGCAUUUCACUUCGUCAAAGUUUUUGAAUUAGCUUUUGUUUUAAAAACACACCAAAGCCUGUUGACCUGAUAUUGGUUUUUUGAAAGUAGCUGUAGACUAGUAUUCACUUUCCGUGUAAAAACAGAGAAAAUACAUUGACAAGUUUGUAUACACUUUAAAAAAUGCGUUUAAUACUUUUAAUCUCGACUUUAAUGGCAGUAUCACAUGCGGUAAAUAUCAACGAAGUUAACAAAGAGGAAUGGAAGCAAUUUAAACUGGAACAUAACAAAAAAUACGCCUCGGCUACUGAGGAAGACUUCCGUUUAAAAAUCUACAAUGAAAAUCGUCAUAAAAUCGCGAAACAUAAUCAACUAUAUGCAGAUAACAAAGUGGCCUAUAAAUUGGGCUUAAACAAAUAUGCCGAUUUGCUGCAUCAUGAAUUCCGUCAACUUAUGAAUGGAUUUAAUAACACAUUGCGUAAAAUAAUGCGCCACGAACAUGGGUUAGUUGGUUUGACCUACAUACCUCCUGCUCAUGUAACUGUGCCCAAAUUCGUAGAUUGGCGUACAAAAGGUGCUGUUACCGGUGUCAAGGAUCAGGGUCAUUGCGGCUCGUGUUGGGCUUUCUCCACUACGGGAGCUUUAGAAGGGCAACAUUAUCGUAAAACGGGUAUUUUAGUGUCAUUGAGUGAACAAAAUUUAGUUGACUGUUCUAGCCAAUACGGCAAUAAUGGUUGUAAUGGUGGUUUAAUGGACAACGCCUUCCGCUAUAUUAAGGACAAUGGUGGUGUUGACACAGAGAAAUCUUAUCCCUAUGAGGGCAUAGAUGAUUCUUGUCAUUUUGUGCGGGCUGCUGUCGGAGCUACCGAUACUGGUUACUUUGAUAUACCCGAGGGUGAUGAAGAUAAAAUGAAGAAAGCCGUAGCUACAAUGGGCCCUAUUGCGGUAGCCAUUGAUGCUUCCCACGAAUCAUUCCAAUUCUAUUCCGAGGGUGUUUAUAAUGAACCCGAAUGUAACAGCGAAACUUUGGACCAUGGCGUUCUAGUGGUGGGUUACGGCACCAAUUCUGAGGGACAAGAUUACUGGCUGGUGAAGAAUUCUUGGGGCAUAACUUGGGGUGAAAAGGGAUAUAUUAAAAUGGCACGUAACCAAGAAAAUCAAUGUGGCAUCGCUAGUUCAGCUAGUUAUCCUACAGUUUAAGGUAGAAAAUGCUUUAGAGUCUUUAACUUAAUAAGAAGUCAAUAAGUUUCAUUUACCCAGGAAAAAUUAAAACGAAACAUAUGUAUUUUACAAAAAAAGUUGCAAAAUUAUAUUUUUUUAAAAUUUCAUUAAU